UUUUUUGUUUUAUGUCGGCAAAUGGGGGGAGGGGUCAGAAUAUGUAACAAAGAAUAUACUACAAAAUGGAGACAAAUGGUCAAGAAGAAGAUACAAUUUUGACAGAGACAGUGCACAUCAAAACUAAACAAAAUGUCUUAACUUUGACAUUAAAGGGAUUACAAGUGUUCCAGUCAAAAGAUGAUGAAACAUCAGCCACUACUUUAAAAUGGCCUGAUGUGCUAUGUAUACAACCAUCUCAGACAUCUUCAGAAACUGGAUGCUAUGUGUUGCAAUAUAUUCACCAUGAAGCCAACACUAGCUUACAGAUAAAAACUUUACAGAUACAAAGGAUAUCUGAACAGUGUGUUAGUUUAAUGAAUCAACAAAUUGCAGAUUCUGGAAGACCUAAAAAACUGUUUGUUGUCAUUAACCCAAUUGGGGGCGCUGGUAAAGGUCUACAGAUAUAUCAUGAAGAGGCUGAACCUUUAUUUAAACUUGCAGGCAUUGAUGCGACAAUUGUUGUGACAGAGAAAUCUAAACAUGCAUUGCUGAUUGGGGAAAAUACAGAUUUUUCACAAUAUGAUGGCAUCGUGGUUGUUGGGGGAGAUGGUUUGUAUCAAGAGCUGCUUCAAGGACUAACUUUACAAGAACAAAAGAAAUCUGGAAUCAAUUAUGACAGCCCUGAUACUGACUUAGUAAAACUUAGUAUACCUCCGAUUGGAAUAAUUCCUGCAGGCACAGGUAACGCAACAGUGAGAUUUUAUAAUGGAGGAUUUUUUACUGGAAGAAGGACUGCAAUUCUCAAUAUCAUUCGAGGGGAACAAUAUAGGGCUUCAGUUUUUGCAGUGUAUAGUAACAGUAAAUUUUUUAGUGUUUCUCAUCUCCAAGUAACCUAUGGAUUAUUUGCUGAUAUAAUGAAAAGAGCAGAAGAGUUACGAUGGAUGAAAAAAUUCAGAUAUUUUUAUUCUAUUUUGGGACAAAUUCUUUUCAGCAGAAAAAGAUAUUUUGAUGCAGAAGUUUAUUACCGCACUCUUGAUGUAAAUUCUGGAGUUGUGGCAGAAGCCAAUUCUUCAGAUUGGAUCAGCCUGAAGCCAGCAAUUCAACACUGCUAUUCCAUCUAUGCAAUGCCUUUUGAAUUGGUUGACACAGUGAAUACAAAGUAUGUUAACCCAUUUGGUCAACAUUGUCAUCUUGUCAUCAGCACUGGAUGUAGUCAGUUGUCUUCAUUAUUAAGUCUUGUUUCCCAGAACAAGACAUCAAAACCUGGUAUGGAAGUGUUGACCAACAUAACAGAGUUUAAAAUCAAAGUGGCGAGAGAAAAUUCUGCAUCUCCUGUAUCUGACAGAGAGGCAAGAGACAUUGACCUGGAAAAAGGAAUUCAAAUAGAUGGGGAAUUUUUAAAGCUAGAGACACCAGAAUUUUUAGUCAGGUUGCAGACCUCUUUUGUUCCUGUGUUUGGCUGUAAGCCAGCUGUAACUUAAAGUCAAGUUUUUCAACUGGAAGAUGAAUGAACUGAAACUUCUUUUGUACAUAGAACUUCAGCAGUUUUUUGUUCACUUAUUUUUUUGUAUUUGUGGUUAAGCAGCUUUUUAGUUUUUGGUUAUUUAUAAUAAAAAUAUAUGGAUUGUAUAUCUAGCUUAAAAUGCAUAUUUUAUCAACUAUAUCAGGGGUGGGCAAAUUACGGUCCGCGGGCCAAAUGCGGCCCGCUGAAGUGUUUUAUGCGGCCCGCGAAUACCUACAGAAAUCAUGUGUACCCACAGUAUAUACAUAUAAAAAUGCUAAUCUAUUAAAAAUAAUUCUAAAUUUCCCUACAAAUUAUCGAAACUCUCUCAUUAUAUAAAGUCAAAGACACAAUCUCAGGCCAGUAUUUCUUCAAUGCUUUGAAGAACUAUGUUGAAUGUUGGGUAUGAUUGGAACAAGAUGGCAAGUGUAACAACUGAUGGAGCUCGAUCUUUGACUGAGAAAAACUUUUUUUUUAAAGAAUAUCCCAACCAUAAACUCUAAACAGAAAAGUUUGCACAAAGCUGUAUGAAUUCUCAUCAUAAUAUGCGAAAGAAAAUAUUUCAAUAAAAACAUCAGACUUACGGUCACAACCACAGGCAGUAUAGAAAAGUACUUGUAGAUAUAUAAACUAAAUAUUCCGAUGCAUCUGCUGGCUUAGCAUGGGCAAGGUAAUGAGAAGAAUAUAAAUUCUCAAAGUAGAAAUGUCCAUAUUCUUAGAAGGAUAUUGACUGUGACUUAGAAACUAAUAUUUCUAAUGAAGAGUGGAAGAUAUUUUAUGUUUUUCAUGGUAGCUAUUGCAAUGGGCUGCUUACUUAUGUAAUGCAUGUUAAAUUUUUCAAACAAGGCUUUCCAAUUUCUCCAGGCCAGCAGGGGAAAAUAGGUUUUGUCAUUUUCCUUUGUUGAAAGGUGAAAAUAUUUCCAGUGAAAUGGUUAAUAUUACCAGACUUAUUUGUAUUCCUUAAUUAUGAAAUUUAUGAAGGCAAAUUUUAAGACGUCAAAAACCAGUUUUCAAUACCAUCAGCUCACCAUUUAGUGCAGAAGCUGAUUCAGCUCCAGAGAACAUAACGCCAUGCAAAUUGUAACCUGUAAGAGAAGUUCAAGUCAGUACUUCCACUGUAGCUUAAUGGGUGCUAGAAGCUGUAUUUCCACACUUUAAAAAAAACUAAGUUUUGCUAAGUUUUAACAUUAUUUUGGUACACAUACAUAUGUGAACAAGUAUUUUUCUUGUGGAAAAUAAACAAGUGUAAUCACAGGUCGAUGGUGAAUGACUAUAAUUUGACAGCAGUCACAAGUAUAACAACUAGAAAGCUAGCUCCACAAUUCAGGAACAUUACGCACGAGUGUAAAUAGUUAAAUUCCUCACAUUAAGUACAACUGUACAUUUGUGGUGAAAUGUAAUAUGAAAAGACAAUAGCAAAUUAAAAAAAAAUUUUAAAUUGGUUUCAGCAAUUGCUAACUCUAGUAAUUCCUCAAUUUGGAAUGUGAAAAAAAGGAAAAGUGAAUGUAUGAUACAGUAUAAAUAUGAAUUAAAAGACAUUAUACAGUUAACUAGCGUAUUUUUCUAAGUUGUAAGUAUACACACACACACACACACACACAUAUAUAUAUAUAUAUAUAUAUAUAUAUAUAUAUACAUAUAUGCGGCCCCCCAUUCCCAAAAUUUUGUUAAUGCGGCCCUCGAUACAAAAAGGUUACCCACCCCUGAACUAUAUAAUUAAAAUUUAGGUAUGUAAAUAUUUUGUUCUUAUUUCAUUAUUACAUCUGUAAAAUUUGUGACACUUUUUUACAAUCAUUUUUUUUUUACAAAUUGUUUUGCAGAAUAAAAAAAUCUCAUUUAAUAUAAAUCUUCACAAGGUUAAAAAAAUGUUUUUCUUUAGAUUAUAUAUAAAUAAUUUAUACUUCAGUGCCAAAUAUUUCUUAUAUUUAUAUAUAUAUCUAUAUAUUCUAAAAUAUACACAGUGUAUUGUACAUUAAAGCUUUUAAAUGGACGCAGCAAUGAUAUUCCUUUUUGAUAUUUGUAUAUUUCAAUUUAAUUAUUAAUUUUUGAAAUAAAAAUAGGUGUUGUUGGCAGAUCUUAAGGAUGUGAGCUUAGAACUGUCUUUAUAAAGGUCCAGGAUGCGACUCCUGUGGCUGUCAACUAUUCUACCCUGUGCAAGAUGGACUUUAAGAAAUUAGUUUCUAUUUCUUUUUAGGAUGGCUGUUUGUGGUAUGGUCCUUAGUUUGAACCAUGCCUACUUCCAUCCCCUGAUGGAAGCUUCCAUUAGGGAAUAAUAAUCUUCAUUUCUAAACAUACUUAUAAUCAAGAAAAACACAAAAAAUACUUUAAAAAAAACAUAGCUUAUAUUAAGUGUAAUUGUAUCAAUUAGUUUGGAUAAGAUGUAAUUAUAUACACGACCUAGGCAUAAUAAAUCUGUGUGAUUAGAAAUAUUUUUACCAAUUGUUUUUGUUUAGCUUUUAGCUUUCUCAAUGUACUAUGAUCCUAUCACUUGUCUGGACCAGUUGUGAAAGGGGGAGGGAAGAAUGGGGUAUAUUGGUGAAUGUUUACAUUAGUUUUUUAAAUGCAUAAAAAAAUUGUUCACUCAGGGCUCAAGAGUCCUCAAGGGAACUAAUUCAACUUAUACCACCCCAUCUGUCAAGUAAAAUUACUUUCACUUGUUCAAGAUACCAACAAAAUAAUUAAUUAUCAAUAGUUAACUAAUUGGUUAAUUUUUUAAAUUGAUUCUUGUGUUGUCAGGUAAAAGAAAAAAUUGUUCAAAAUUUCAGCUUAAUCCGAGAUUGGGUGUGGGAGAAAUAACGUGUACAAAAUUUUUACCAGACAGACAGAAUGAGUUAUUAUAAGCCUUGUAAAAAGAGUGUCCUUGUAUUUUAGUACAGAAACUUUUGAAACUUUCCUGCUUUAAUUUUUAAAAACAAGUUUUUAUGCCAACGUUUUACAAUCAUUUUGCAUUUAGUCUAUAUAAAAUGUUUCAAUGAGAAAACUGUAUUUGAUUUUGUACAUUCUUUUUAGCUAUUAUUUUUUUAUUUUAAAAAAUUGUACCGUUAUGUAGUCUUUUCUUCUCUAAUUGUAAUCUUUUCCAAUGUGAUACAUGUUAAGAAUUGCUCAAUAAGGAAUUUCUACAGCCAAUUUAGUGGCUGUGACUCUAGAGUUGUAAUGACACAGAGACAUUAUUUGACAUUAAGAUAUAGCCAUUUUUAGCGGCCCCCAAAAGGGGGAAAAGAUGCUAUUAGUUUUGUGUGGUCUGUCUGUCCGUCCCUCCAUCCCGUUUAGAUCUUGUAAACUAGAAAAGAUAAUGAAAAUCCGACAUCAUAAUAUUUAGACCAUUCAAAGUUCUGAUGCAACGGCUGCUUUUUACUUUUCUGAAAGUGAAAAAUCUAAUUUUUAAAAUCUAUUAUGCAAGCAUUUUUUUCAUAAAAUUACACCAUUUUUACAACAAUUCACUAUUGAUAGUAACAAACGGCUUUUUAAUAAGGGAGAUUGUUAAACACUAUUUUUAUAACACAUUUAUGCAAAUGGUUUUAGAUUUUUGGUUAAAAUAAAAUUGUAUUGUAAAGUUAUGAAAGUUCUGUUAUACUAACUACUACAUUUACAAAAAAAUGUUUACUUUCUUUUAAAAAGAGAAAAAAUCUAUUUACUUUGCAUAUAAGUGGAUGUCACGGAUGCCAUUAUAGAUUUAUUUGUAUAUUUCACAUUUAAAAGCUUGUGUGUAAAUAGAAAUAUAAACCCUUGACUGAGCCUCAGGAAUUACCCCACAAAUCUAGAUCCUUGACAGCGCCUCAGGUUUUACCCGAGACGUAAUUACGAUGUUGCAAAUCUAUUGGUUGAUUUGAAAAUAAAUAAAGACAUUUUUUUUAAAAGAGUUAGCGCCAGAGAAUUGAGGAGAGUAGAAAGAACGCGAGUCGAUAAAAGAAUUUCCUAGUAGACAGUCACGUUUUCUAAGAGCUCUGAUUUAAAGCCUUUGUAAUAUUAUUUAUUGUCACAGUCUUAGUUGACAUUGCAUGAUCUUAAGUUCACGUCAUGUUAAUAGUUUAAAAGACACGUGAAAUUCCUGAUGUAGAAAACAGGAAGUAGGAUGAAUAAAGUUGACUUAGAGGUCAGUCAAGUCAGUAAGGUCUUGCUCCCGGUCCAGGCAGGUUGGACGUUUCUUCCUGGACACUUGUAUAUGUAUGCAUAUAGCAUGAAAGUCGAAGGACUAGUCAUUGUUGAUUAAUAAUAUUUGAGAGUUGAUUUCAUAAUGUGCUUAUUGGAUAUUAAGGUAUUAUUCAUAUUUCAAUGGAUACCUAUAGUUGAAGCUCCAGUGUCACUAGUAGUAAUUGUUCUUAUUGUUACCCGCUGAGAUGCGGACGUGAUUUGUUGUUAACGUAUUGGAUACUUUUGAUACCGCUGUUAUGCGGAUAGGAUUAUUAUUUCUUGACUUGUAGCACUAACAAGGAGUGCAGUAUAUUAUUAUUAUGUUGUAAAUAAACUUAAUGUUGUCUGC